AUGAGAAGGAAUCAAGAAGACUCGGAUGUUGAAUUGAGUGUUAGAUCAGAGGUCUCCUCUGUAACUAGUCUAGGAACAGCAAUGAUUGCUGAAGAACAAGAGGAAAGUAGGAAGGAAUGUAAACGAAAGUCUAUCUUUUUAUGCAUAUUCACAGCCUUCUUCCUAAUGCUAGUCAUUCCACAGUUGAGUUUAUUCAUUUACUUUUACUUGACCGUUGAUAGUGAUCCAUCAUUGGCCAAUGAUCCGAAUGCUCUAGUUUUUCGACAUUCUAAUUGUUGUACAAUAGAAAAUAGUUUUGUAGAUUGUUUUACAAGUCUGAAGGAUACAUUCUGUUCCUUCAAUAUUACAUUCCCUGUGCAAGGGUUUGAUGAGGAUAGUGACCCAGAUGCAAUUAAUGAUUGUGUAAUUGCUCCUAACACAACUUUUAGAACACGAACUGAUAGUAUUACAUACAAGAUGAAUGUUGGUUCCGAAGAUUACAUCAAGUAUGCAACUAAUAUGCAAAACAGAACCAAAAUUGAAAACAUUUCAUGUUACACAGAUAGGACAGAGUCUUAUGUGAGUGUAAAUUCCAUAUCUAGGCUAUAUAAUUCAUACUAUUUUGCAAUGAUUGCCAUGGGUAUUCUAAUGUCUGGUUUUUGUUUGGCUAUUAUAAUUGGAUGGAUGGUCAUUCCCUUCAUCAAUUUGAAAAGAGAUGGUCCUAGGAGAAGGAAGAGAAAUAGACAAGCAGCUGCUAAUAUCAUCAAUACUGCUAACAGAUGA